AUGAAUGAUACCAUCUUCAAGGAUCGCAUUGCAGCAUUGCUGCAAGUUUUUCAAGCAACAAAAAUUAUUAAAGCGGAUAAUAUUCCUUGCAAGAUUGAAGAGGGUCUUUAUUUGGGCUCGCUUGGAGCUGCCAAUGACAAGAGCACUUUGAAACGCUUGAAUAUCACACACAUAUUGACGGUUGCCCAUUCACUGCCCCCUGCUCAUCCAAAUGAUUUUAUAUACAAAACUAUUCCUGUAAUGGAUAGAGAAGAUGUAGAUGUAUCACAGUACUUUAGUGAGUGUUUCAAAUUUAUUGAAGAAGCAAAAAAGACGGGUGGUGCUGUUUUGGUUCAUUGCUUUGCUGGAAGAUCCCGAAGUGUGGCCAUUGUUGUUGCUUAUCUGAUGAUGAAGAACGGCAUGAGCUUAUCUGAAGCUCUGGAGCAUGUGAAGAGAAAAAGACCAGUUGCAUCUCCCAACUCUGGCUUUAUUUCGCAGCUGCAAAACUUCGAGAGAUCUCUUCAAGAAUCGAAGACUGGAAGGGCUCGUGAAGUUUAG